AUGAUCUUUGAAUCCAAGUACCCUCUCCCCUCGGUGCCCAAGACCGAUGUAUUCAACUACAUCUUCCACCAGGGCCGACGACCGUAUCCAUGGAGUCGAGUGCUCUAUCGCGUCGAUCAGACGGGUGAAACCCUGACGCUGGCCGAGCUCGAGGAGAAAAGCCGACGCUUCGCCGAUGUUCUUCGCUCCGAGUACGAUAUUAUGCCCAAGGAUGUCGUCGGUAUUCUCGCCAAGGACAAAAUCCAAUAUCCAAUCGCGUAUUUUGGCGCUUUGGCCGCCGGAGCGACGGUGGCGCUCAUCCCCGUGCAACAAGAGAUGUCCGAAACGGACAUUGCGACUCGACUCGUCCAGUCGCGGGUGAAGCUGCUCAUCACCGACAGCGACCUGCUGCUCCUGGCCGAGGUGUCCGGGAACCUGGCGGGAGCUGUUCGCCUGAUCACGCUCGACGACAGCCCUAACCAACUGUGGGCCUCCCUGGAGCGUCUUCUUCCACGCGGCCGCCCGGACGCGGACCUCUUCCGGCUGGAAUCCGAGGCCAGCGCCGAGGAUCACGAUGCCUUUCUGAACCGCACGAGCGGGUCCACGGGGAACGUCAAGUCCGUGUUGACCAGCCACGCCCAUUUCAUCGCCACCAUGGAAGGCACCGUGGGCACGAUCCCGGACAACACCGACCCGGAGCACGACGUGUGGCUCUCCCCCCUGUCGCUGGGGUUCUUCAUCAACGCCAAGCUCCACAUGGGUCUCAACAUCCUGCUGGGCAUUCCCGUGGUGCUCAUGAACGGGCCCCUCGACGAGACGACCGUCGACGUGAUCGGCCGGCACAAGGUCAGCUUCCUCUUCAUCACGCCCCCCAUCGCGGCGCGCCUGGCGCGGGCGGACCUGACAGCGUCCGGGGUCGACGUCCGCAGCGUCAAGUGGCUUCUCACGGCGGGCGCCCCCAUGCACGAGAACCUGCGGCAGACGGUGUCCCACCAGUUCGGGGGCGUGCACCUGGACCUCGAAUGGGGCACCUCCGAGACCAUGCUCAUCGCGAUCCAGCGGGACGCGGAUUCCCGCCGCAGCGGCUACAGCGGCACGCUGGUGAACGGCAUGCAGGCAAAGGUCAUCAGCACGGUCACCGGGCAGGAACUGGGGGCGGGCGAGGCGGGCGAGAUCCUGGUGCGCAACCGGCUGUGUCGCUUCAAGGGCUACCAGGACAACGAGGUGGCCAACCGCGACUUCGACGCCGAGGGCUGGUUCCACACGGGCGACUACGGGUACCUCGACGAGAACUGCAACGUCUUCAUCAUGGACCGCAUCAAGGAGCUGCUGAAGGUCGGGGGCGGGUACGGGACGCACAUCUCCGCGGCGGAGCUGGAGGCCGUGGUCUUUGAGCAUCCUGCCGUGGCCAGCGCGGUGGUCGUGGGCAUCCGCAACGACUUCACCCAGCUGGAUGAGCCGACCGCGUUUGUGAUCCUCAAGCCCGAGUACCAUCAGAAUCCCGCGCUCGCCCAGCAGGUGGAGCGGGACAUCCUACACUUUGCCAACCAGAAACUCACCGGGCUGCGGAAGCUGACGGGGGGGGUCCGGUGCCUCUCUCACUUUCCCACCACGGGAUUCAAGAUCAAUCGCCGGCAGCUCAAGCAGAUGGCCAGUGGCCUGUUGCCUUCUGUGCCUUAUGUGCAGUCGGUUUGA